ACUAUUUGAUUAUUGUUCAAACAAAUGUGAAAUAAUACUCUUUUUGAAACCCACUAUGUUGCGUUGUUGAAACAAUUCGAACAACGAGUUCGAAUGAGCGACAUGGACCCCACUCGAUGAAAUGUCAAACUAUUUGGGGUUGUAAACAAACAUCGUAAACAGAAUAGCUCAAAACUAUUGUUCCCGUUUCUUUAAUUAUUAGUCGAGAUUCAAGUGUCUUACCCCAGCUCAUUAAUAUGGGCAGAAAGUGUUGUGUGCCAAACUGUUGUUCAAAUUACGAUACGGUCAUUAAACGUGGCCUUCCAUCGAUUAGUACCUUCCAGUUUCCCGCAGAUCCAUAUCUCCUGGACUGUUGGAAGAAAGCAAUUAAUCGACCCAACUGGAUCCCUUCUAAACGUUCUAGUAUUUGCAUCAACCAUUUUUCACCUGAGCACAUUGAGCGGUUCGAUAAGCCGGCUAGAUUAAAACCAGGCGCAGUACCUAGCUUGUUUCCCAAAGUACAGUUUGAGUCCGAGAAUAAAAUCAACAGACAAAGUUAUACAAGUGAAGAAAUUCUUGUGGACAAAAGUCAACCAGACGAUGUCAGUGAAACACGCAAAGGCUUGUGUACAGAUACAAAACUGAACGUUGAACUACGAAUGGAUGAUUGUAUUGAAAAUUUCGAAAGUUUUAAAGCAGAAGUAAGUGAAAAAGUUCAAGAUAAGGCAUGGGUGAUAGUUUGCAGGCCCAACGUUGUGCAUUUGUUUAGCAUACACGAUAUCGACGAUCGUUGUGCUAUCAGUAUCAAUGCAAGUAUGAAAAUUUACAAUAGUUUAACAAUGAGAAUUUUCAUCAAUGAAGAGGAACAAACUGAUGCACAGUUGGGAACCGAAAAAAACCUCUCAGCUUGGUCACAACUCAAUACCAUAAUUGCCUGCAUUAAAACCUCUUCCUUCGAAGAAUUGAAUACGGCUUUUACUGAAGAGUGUUUAAAUGUGGAAAAUUACGAAACCGUUUUCCUCGAAGAACAUUUGGAAGAAACGGAGCACGAAGAUGAACCACGUGUAGAAACUACUAUAGAAUUAACAAUAGAGAAACCAUCUCCUGAAGCUAACUCACACCACGAGCUCGAUAAAUUAGAUACGGGACCCAUUGCGUCUGGUAGUCGAAACCUUGCAUAUCGCACAUCUGUAUUAAAAGCGGUGCAAGACUUACAGGCUGUGAGAAAUAAAUGCUUUAUUUGUAAUACGGAAUAUGAAACAGCGGAAGAACUGGAAUACCACAUGCCAACCCAUCUCACCCUGUUGCCAUACCAUUGCAUCAGCUGUAUCCACGAAGAAGUCAUUGUCAGAACACUAUCAUCGCUAAAUAAGCAUCAUUUAAUGCACCAAAAACCAUUAAAAUGUCGCACUUGCGAUAAACGCUUUACAACGUAUGGUUCGCGUAGAUUACACGAAGAUUUAAAACACGGUAAGCACGAUGCAACAUUCAGGUGUGAUGUAUGCCAAAAAGAAUUGCCUUCGAGACGUAGCUUACAGUAUCAUCGCAAGCAUCACGAAUGUCCCGAUUCUUUAAGAUGUAAAAUAUGCCAACGAACGUUGUCCUCUACAUAUGAAGUAAAAUUGCACAUGAGAACACAUACGGGAGAGAAGCCAAACAGAUGCAUUUUUUGUGACGUUUCCUUCAACAGAAAAUCGAAUCUUACUGAACAUGUCCGUAGGUGCCACAGCCAGGAACGACCAUUCAUUUGCGAAAAAUGCGGUAAACGGUUUACUACUCAUUUAGGACUUAAAAAGCAUGCGGUUUUACAUAGCUUAGGACAGAGAAAAUCGCUCAAAGUAACUCGAUUAACGAAAGAGUUUCACUGCGCAGAGUGCGACAAGAGAUUCGAAACAUCUAUCCAGUACCACUCGCACAAACGGCAGCACGUAAAACGAUACCAAUGUAGCUACUGUGGAAUUCGGGUAUCACAGUUGCGUGACUUUGAGGAUCACCAAAACACGCACACCGGUUCCCGCCCGUACGAGUGUUGCAGCUGCGGGAAAAAGUUUAAAACUGCUUCAACGUAUUACGGACAUCGAUUAACUCAUAGCGUGGAGAAGAAACACUUUUGUACAAUAUGUAACAAGGGAUUUCGACGUUUACGCCAUGUGCAGGUGCACAUGCGAACGCAUACGGGAGAAAAGCCAUUUCGUUGUGAAUUUUGUGGCCGAAACUAUGCCGACAAACAAACCUACAAUAAGCAUAAGCUCACACAUCGUCCUACCGUUGGAGAUAUGCUGAGAGCCAAGGAGUACAAUGCCGCAGCCAAGAACGUGGUACAGGAAAAGCUAAACCAGCAGGAAAGCAUGAAGCUAGAAGAAGUUAUUGAUGCACCGAGCAGUGAACGUGAUUUUCAGUCGGAAUUGGUAUUUUCAUCAAACAAUUUUACAUCUUCUGGUGCCUCCGAUUUAGAGGUUAUUUCAAGCAGUAUCUCAUAUGCCAUUUUAAACAGCCCAUGUUCAGUGGUUUUUGAUACUGUUUCACAAGGGACAUACGUGGCAGAAUUACCACAGUUAACAUCUUCGGAUCAAGAUGGUACAUUAUUGAUCUCAGCGGAUAUACGAAACAUUAGCAUCGGUGAACAAUAAUAAUUUAGCACGCUGCAAAGGAAUCAAAGUCUCUGAAUCAGCUAUAGCUAUAUUAUCAUCAUCAUCACACCGCAAGAUGCUCGAAAAUAUACGACUUGUUUAACGAUUUUUUUUUCUAUAAGGAUCAUUCAAUUAUAACGUAACACAAAUAUUGAGAAUUGUUGAUUUCCUUCAUGCUAUUGCCACAAAACGUUACGCUUACUGCCAAGUACAUUCUACGAGUCACAUCAGACUGCCUUUAAAAUGUCAUAUACCAUAUGCAGCAAAUAUA